AGGGACCCUCCACCCGCGACCCUCCACGCGGGGACAGCGAUGCGGUGCGCCCCGAGAUCUCGGUAGCCUCGGAUCUGCGGCUGUGAUGGAUGAGCCGUGGUGGGAAGGGCGCGUCGCCUCGGACGUCCACUGCACCCUGCGCGAGAAGGAACUGAAGCUGCCCACCUUCCGCGCCCACUCCCCGCUCCUGAAGAACCGUCGGUUCUUUGUAGACAUUCUGACCCUGCUGAGCAGACACUGCCACCUAUGCCCCUCAGCCCGGCACCUGGCCAUCUACCUUCUGGACCAUUUCAUGGACCAGUACAACAUCACCACCUCCAAGCAGCUGUAUACUGUGGCUGUCUCCUGCCUCCUGCUGGCAAGUAAGUUUGAGGACAGGGAGGACCGUGUGCCCAAGCUGGAGCAGAUAAACAGUACAAGGAUCCUGAGCAGCCAGAACUUUUCCCUCACCAAGAAGGAGCUGCUGACCACAGAACUUCUGCUCCUGGAAGCUUUUGGCUGGGACCUCUGCCUGCCCACACCCGCCCAUUUUCUGGACUACUACCUCUUGGCCUCCAUCAGCCAGAAGGACCACCACUGCCACACCUGGCCCACCACCUGCCUCCGAAAGACCAAAGAGUGCCUCAAAGAGUAUGCCCACUACUUCCUGGAAGUCACCCUGCAAGAUCAUAUAUUUUACAAAUUCCAGCCUUCUGUGGUUGCUGCAGCCUGUGUUGGGGCCUCCAGGAUCUGCCUUCAGCUCUCUCCCUACUGGACCAGAGACUUGCAAAGGGUCUCAAGCUACUCCCUGGAGCAUCUCAGCACGUGCAUAGAAAUCCUGCUGGUAGCAUAUGACAAUGUCCUCAAGGAUGCUGUUGCAGUCAAGAGCCAGUCACUGGCCAUGGUGCCCAGCACGUCAUCAGCUCCCACCCAAGUGCUGUUCCAACCACCCACCUACCCUACUCUCAGCCAGCCACCGCCAACAACACUAGCACAGUUCCAGAGUCCAGCGCAGGACCUGUGCUUGGCAUAUCGGGACUCAUUGCAGGCCCACCGCUCAGGGACCCUGCUCUCAGGGGACACUGGUCCUUCCCUUCACACCCCCUACUCAACCCUCCAGCCCUUGGAUAUGUGUCCUGUGCCCGUGCCUGCAUCCCUUAGCAUGCAGAUGGCCAUUGCGUCUGAACCCAGGCACUGCCUUACCGCCAGCUACGGAAGCAGCUACUUCAGCGGGAGCCAUAUGUUCCCCACAGGUUGUUUUGACAGCUAGGUCCACAUUUGGACCACAAGGAGAAUCUUGGAAGACCCAGACCAAGGAAGUGAACACCUAAGAGCAGAGCUCAGCCAGGUGAGGCAAAGAAAGAACCUCAUCCCCUUCAUUAGAGAGCAACAGUGCUCUUUAUAAAAACAAACAAAACAACACAACCCAGAGCCAAACAUCCAGGAGCAUACCUCACCCAACAGCAUCUCUCUGGGAAACUUCUUCCACGUGUGCCUGGAGGACAAGGACAUGGCUCUGUGGCCAUCGCCUUGAACUGGGGGAUCCCAUGGACCACAUCAGACUUGGUAAGAGACUUGAACAUUGAGGACUGCCUGCAGAGCAAUAGCACAUCCGGGCUUUUCAAAGACUACUUUUCACAGUGAUGCCCCUGAAAAAGACGCACCUGGCACGUCCUCUGUAUCCCUACAAGAUCCAUCCCAAGCGUUUUUCUCUCCCUAGCUCCACAUCAAGGGUCCUGUGGCCCAUGUUUAUGCCUGAGAACUGGGCCCCGGAGGCCCAGUGAGUGGCUAUUUUGCCCUUUGUCUUUGAACCUUUUCUCAUCCUUCUGGAUAUUUCACACGCUGCUGCUUCCUGGAACAAUCUAGCUUUUGUA